AUGGCUGUAGGUUCUACACCUUCGAGCAAGAUCCGUAGGGAUCACUGGGUUACUAGGAUGGCCAUAUCUUAUGAGGUUGAUACUAGUGGGAUGGUUCCUAUGCCUAUCCGGGAGAUGGGUACUACCGCCCUCGGGAAGAUGUGGGUGUUGGUGGAGUCGGAGGACAUCCCUGAGCUUACCUUCGUGAGGUGUCAGAGGCCUAGGCAUGCGAAGCUUGACUAUCGGGAGCCGACUAUACAUGACGUGAUGCGGUGUCUGGUAGUUACACAUGAGGAGCGUCGCUGGAUCAUCGCUUCGAUCACUGGGGUGAUGCAACAUCUGGGGAUGGACCAUCUACCUUUUCCUAGGACGGGUCCUGCUGUUCCACCCCAUCCUUAG